AUGUUGAGGUUCAUUUCGGCCAAAUAUUUUUUUACUAAAAGCUUUAACUUUCCACAAAAAGAUACGGAAUUGAGUUUUAGAGCCGGAUGGAAAGUUUCCACAAUGGAAGCUGAGGGAAGAAAUUUGAAUGCAAAACAAGCGAACGAUUUCCUUCAGGUGAGAUUGUUAACUCCCAAACUCGAUUUUUCACCAAUAGAACAAGAUAAAAAUGGAAUAAAAAAUCUUAUUAAAUGA